AUGGUAAUCUUCGAAACCCGGCUACUCAAUACCAUAAAGGAGAAUAAGUCAGACAUUUGCGCGCUUAAAUUUAAAGUCAAAGAUCUAGAAGGUGUCAUCCGUCAUCAGGAUGACGCAAUUCUCAAGCUCUCAGAAGAUAAUUUAAUUUUAAAAUCUAAAUUAUCCUCUUUUGAAAACUUAACUUAUAAAGUAAUCUGCCAUGACCAUGUGAAUAAUGAACGUGCUAAUGAGUCUGCCAGUACAACCCAGGUUAAUGACCAAUGUGGAUUCCACGACAAAGACCAACCGACUAAUUUGAAUGCCAACAAUUCGAGGUUUAUUGAAACUUCAACCAAGGAAAAUUCCUCUCUGCUUAAUGGUUUAACAAGUUCCGGAUCCCCACGAAAAGCAGCGCUUGACAAUAGAUCUAGCUACCCAGCGGAAUGA